AUGAGACCCCUUCUUAAAUUAUACACAUGUUUUCAUAUUUUAACUCAUCAUCAACUUCGUCCAACCUCUAAUUGUCUCUACCCAUUUAACAAAAACAAACGGCUUGAACAAGUUUGUGUAAAUCCCUACCAUUAUGAAACAAUUGAAAAUCCGAAACAUCCCAAAGUUGUUGUUCGCCGAAAUCCUGCUACGGAAUGUCCUGAGAAUUUUAGCGUUAUUCGAGCAUCGGAGGAUGGAGGACUUGACGCUAAAGUUCCAAACAUGACAUUGAGUUAUGAACAAAUUCUUAGUCUUCAACCUCAACUUUUCGGUUCUGACUUUCAAUCUACCAGUGAAAAUGAUAGUGGUGUUGCUAUGGAUAUUCAAAUGAUGGAUAUAAGUGGUGGAAGUAAUGGAAAUGAAUUAAAUCAACACCAAUCGACAUCCUCGUCUUCUAACAUACCUCACACUUUUAAUCAUAUUUACAGCGGUUUUGCUGGUCCAAAUUCAGUAGAAAGUUCAUUGGGCAUGAAUUCACCAAUUUCACAUGAAUUUUCCCCACAAGGCUAUUUGAGCGAUGAUCUAGAUAUGGAUCAACAAGUAAAUAGCCCUCUUUCCGAUGCUGGUGGCCAACAAUCUAGUCCACUUUUUACGAGCCAGAAUCAAUUCAAUUUCACAAACAAAAAUCGUUCCGGUCCCUUUGAUUUGGUAGAAGAAUCGGCCCGUUUUGAUCGUAUAAUGGAGCGUACCACAGAAAUGCACCAAAGAAAAGAAUCAAAUCAACAACAAACACCUACAAAUGCUGACAUUCCUUCAACUGCAGCAGAAGCAGCGGCUAUUUCAAUUGUAGAAUAUGAAGAACCAACAUUUUGGUGCAGUUUGACUUAUUAUGAAUUAAAUCAACGUGUUGGCGAUGUUUUUCAUGCUUCAAAGCCAAGUUUAGUAAUCGAUGGUUACACUUCUCCAACCGAUGAGGAUCGUUUCUGUCUAGGUCAACUUCCUAAUCUGCAUAGACCUCAAGAUGUUGUUAAUGCUCGUAAAUGUAUUGGACGAGGUGCUCGAAUUUACAGCAUUGGAGGCGACGUUUACUGCGAAACUUUAAGUGAAACAGCAAAAGUUUUUAUUCAAGCCCCCAGUGCUUCUGCACAACUUUCUGCGCCAGCUGCGACAGUUUAUAAAGUUCCACAAUAUUGUAAUCUUAAACUCUUUUCAAUGAAGGAUUUUGGAAAGUUGCUUAACACAGCAGUAAAACAGGGAUUUGAAUCUGUCUAUUCGUUAACCAGAUUUUGUACAAUUCGUAUGUCAUUUGUAAAAGGUUGGGGAAGUGAAUAUCAUCGACAGAGUGUUACCUCUACUCCAUGCUGGCUUGAAAUUCAUUUGAACGGGCCUCUAGCCUGGCUUGACCGUAAGUUUAUUUUAAAAAUGUUUGUUCCUGGGUAA